CAAAAACGAACACUUUAAAAUGAUUUCUCAGCUCUCAAACACAGUUUUUAUCUUUAUUGAUUUGGUAGAUUAAACUUCCUGAAUGCUGUCCCAUGGUAAUAGGCGAGUAUGUGUUCAACAUUCAGAGAUCUGUAUUUUGAUUCAUGCUAGAACCCAACAACAGUCAGAAAUUUUAUGAAGGUUUUUAAAUUUCCAGUUUGAAAUGGCGCAAUCUAUGCUAAAAUGCGAAAUAUGUGACAAACGAGAAUGUGCACUUAUUUGUUUAGACUGUGACCAAUAUUUCUGCCAAGAAUGUAAGAUGGGACAUAUAAAGGCAAAGACAACUAAAGACCAUCAAUUUGUUGACAGUGGAACAUUUCAGCCACAGUUUAAGAAAUUGAGAUGCACUAAACACGAACAACAUUUCAUUUUCUUCUGUGAGAGAUGCCAAACACUUGUCUGCACGGUAUGUCUCCCAGAAAAUCACCAAGAGCAUAGAAUGCUCAAGAUAGACGAAGUCGCAUCUAGUAAGAAGGCAGUAUUAAAUGUUAGUAUAAACAUAUUUUGUACAAAACUGAAUAAGUUUAAAACGGAGAUGAGCAGUCUACAAAAUGUCGUGGAAAAGUGCAAAGUAGAAAAUACUGAUGUAAUCGAGCGCGUUAAUAGACAUGCAAAGGAUAUUUCAAAGGUUAUGGAAAAUCAAAGACGAUGCAUAAUAGACAGUCUAAAGCAAAAAACAAUUAUGGAGACAGAAAGAAUAUCCUUUAUAUUAGAGGAUCUCGAACAUUGCUUGAAAGAAGCUAAAGAAAUGGAAAGAAAGAUUAAAUACUAUUUACACGGAAGCGAUACGUCAUUACUGUCGCAUUUCUCAAGUAUAAAAUCUCAUAUUGACAAAUUUAAAUUCAAGGAUACGUCUAUUUCAAUACGUCCAGUUCAAUUAACAGAGUGCAGAUUUCAAACUGAUGAAUUAUCACCUCUUGAAAGCAUUAUACGUGAAAACUUGUGUGUUUCAAGUGAGCAUGAAGAAAGACUCAGCAGUGCUACAGGAUAUAAAUUGACAAAGGGAAAUCCAUCAAUUACGGAUCUUGGAGAUCCAAAUAGGCCAAUGAAAAUUAGUGAGAAGUACGGUGAAUUGUAUGACAAUGAAUGGACGGAUGCUUUGGAUAAUAACCAAGCUGUCAAGGAGUACUACCAUGGACUGAAAGACUCGGAAAUAGAAGUCAUUAUCAUCUGUCAUCUUCAUAGAUUAUUGACGUGCUGCUACAAUGACUGUGUGGCAAAAGCUGAUGAACAGAUUAAGAUUAUUGGAAAGGCUUUCGCAGAGGCAAUGUGUUUAAAUUUCAAUUCGGAAGAAGAAGUACUCAGCAUGCCUUCAUGCAAACAGGCAUCGGUGUUCAGAAAAGCAAAUUCGGCGGAAUUUGCAAAAUUCCUCUUUGAAAAUCAGAUUCUCUGCAGCAAUGCAAUGGAUGACUGGAACUACAACCAUAAAAACGAAAACGUUAUCCAGCUAUUGAUGGCUUCAUCUUUCUUUGAAAAAUGUGUCUAUAUAUGUUGGAGUAUGGUAAUACAGGACCCCGUGAUGUAUUUAGAUGAAGAUGUUCCAGCCGAUACAGAAAUCGAUAAGAACACUUAUAAAGAAUUUGUCAAGAGUGGAAAUACAGUCGCCUUUGUUGUGUGGCCUGCAUUGUUUCUUCACAAAGACGGACCAUUACUUUACAAAGGGGUUGUACAAGUUUACUGGAAGUAGAUGACCAAUUUUACUACUAUAAAGUUUUGAAAGAAGACAUAUAUUAGCUAGAGCUAAGUUAAGACUAACGGUGAUUUAUAUUUAUUAAUAUAUAUAUUAUCAGGGAUCAACAUCCUAAAGAUAGAUGAAGCCAAAAAAAAUAAACUUAUGUUACCUUGUGCGAGGAUGCUCACCGUUAACUAGGGUAACACCAUGUGCAACAUGGAAGUAAUUUAUUUGUGGUAUGUAAGCCUGUCCUGUUAAACUUGAAUUCAAUAUCCCUUUUGUAAAAUAUGUAAAACAUUGUAAGCAGAAAACAACUAUUUUGUGAUUUCUGUAUCCUGCACAAACGGAAUUUUAUUUAUCCAAACUUUUAGUUUCUAUACUGAGUAUUGUAAACAUUAUUUUCAUAUAAUAGAAAUAACUAUUCAUUAAGCUUAGCAUAAAACAGAUACUUCAUACCACGUGCUGUAAAUGUAUGCAUUAAGACGAAAAAUGUAAUACGUAUAAAGUUCAUCAUGUGUAGCAGGUCUUCCGCUUUGGAUGGAUUGGUCAAUGAUAGAGCAUCAUAUUAACAAAUAACAGCGGCAAUGCUAAUAGGUUUAUUUAUGCAUACGUAUAUAAAGCACCGUACCCGACCUGUAAAGUAAUUGUAGGAAUAGCUGAUGUCUGUGAGACAAUAUACUUGUUCCGGACCAUAUGUGUAUUUGUACCA